UUCCGCCGGGCACCGUGCUGAAGCUGAAACCUCCAACAUGUCGGCUGUGUUCCCCAUGUGUUUGCGGACGACCAGGGGCCUCCUGAGGCUCAGGAACCGGGCAGAAGGUGGCCUCUUCCCCGGCUGUGCUGGACCUGGUCCGGACCCUCUCAACGGACAAGCCUCCAGCCGGGAAUAGCAGUGCUACGGGUGGAUUGGCUCAGGCUAUUUUACAGACGAAGCUCCAGCAGCAGAGUCAGGGCCAGCCUGGUGAGGAGGGAGAAGGAGGGAGAACAGAAGCAGGAGAAGAAGCAGAAUGACAACACGGCCUACGCUAAGAAGAUAGUUCUCAGACUGGCGGCUUUAAUGGGGGUCGGAGGAGCCGUGGGCAUGAUCUACCUGUUCGGCACCAACUCGCAAGACGAUCAAGGAAACGUGAUUCCAGAUGAGUUUGACAGAGAGCCUCCUGUGGUGCAGCAGCUGAAGAGAACAUUUAAAUUCUUCCAGGACUACAGACAGAUGAUCAUCGAGCCCACGAGCCCGAAGCUUCUCCCCGACCCUCUGAAGGAGCCGUACUACCAGCCUCCGUACACUUUAGUGCUGGAGCUGACCGACGUGCUGCUGCACCCCGAGUGGUCGUUGGCGACAGGUUGGCGGUUUAAGAAGCGUCCGGGCAUCGAUUAUCUGUUCCAGCAACUAGCUCCACUCUACGAGAUCGUUAUCUUCACUGCAGAGACCGGCAUGACGGCGUAUCCUCUGAUCGACAGCAUCGACCCUCAAGGUUUCGUCAUGUAUCGUCUCUUCAGAGAUGCUACACACUACAUGGACGGACACCACGUUAAGGACGUGUCGUAUCUGAACCGAGACACCAGCAAAGUGAUCGUGGUGGACUGUAAGAGGGAAGCCUUCCGCCUGCAGCCUUUCAACGGCAUGGCUCUGAAAAAAUGGGACGGAAACUCAGAGGAUCGAACGCUGUACGACCUCGCCAACUUCCUCAAGACUAUUGCUCUGAGCGGCGUGGAUGAUGUUCGCUCGGUGUUGGAAAACUACGCUCUGGAGGACGACCCCAUCGACGCUUUCAAACGCAGACAGGCCCAGCUGGCACAGGAGGAGGAGCAGCGUUUAGCGGAGCUCGCCCAGCAGAAGAAACAGGGCCUGUCUCUCGGAUCCAUCGCCUCACGGUUCUGGCGCUCCAAACCGCAGUGAGCCCCGCCCCCUUUUCACACUUCCACCAAUCAGAGCCCGGCUUCUGCUCCGAAGGGGGAGGGGCCACAGAUGAAGGGGAGGCGGGAACUGGAACAAUGGACCGCUCGGCUCCAAUAAGAGACGUACUUCCUGUUCUUUUGGAGGCGGGGCUUCGGCCUCCCGUUUUGGUGUCACCUGAUCAAGCUGCUGAAUGGUUAAAAAAAAAAAAAAAGAGAGAGACAGGUUUCCAGGUCAGAAUGAUGAACUCUGUUGCGGUUUUAGAGGCUGGUCUGAGAUCAGCGCCGCUAUCGCUAUUCCGGCUCUGCUCGGCCCGCCGCGUCCGCAGGAUCUGACCUGAGAUCAGCUGCAAGAUGUGUAUUUAAUUUUAUUUUCUAUUCCUCUGUGAGUGUGUGUGAGUGAGUGUGUGUGUGUGUGUGUGUGUCCGAUGGGCUGCUGGAGGUAAAUAAUGAAUAUUGUUUAUAAGAAAUAAAAGCUAAACAGUAAGUAGUGUAAGAGUUUAUUCAAUAUGUUCGACGGCAGAAUGAAGAUGCUAUCGGCAGCUGAGCAAUUUACCUAUUUUUGUUAAAGGGUCUGUUUUUUAUUUAUUUUUUGUCUACAUAUUCCCCCAAAAAGACUCUGUGCUGUGUCUCCAUUCGGAUCAGGAAACAGCGUGAUCUACACUGUGAACACCUGAGCAGUGUGUGAACUACAAUCACCACAAUAGCCGCUGUUAGCUUGCUAGGUAGCAACGUUAUCAUUUGCGGUAACGAAAAAUCUUUACAGACGGAUAAAUUAACCACGGCUUCUUUCCCACACCAGCAUAGUGGAACGUAACUUAAAUAGUGAACAAAUAAACACAUUUUAUUUGAAGAGUGCUGUUUUUAACGGAGCAGUCUCAGCUAGUUACGUAGAUUUGGUUACGUAGUUUCGGUUACGUAGCUAUCGUUACGUAGCUUCGGUUACGUAGCUUCGGUUAUGUAGCUUUCUUUACCUAGCUUCCGUUACGUAGCAUCAGUAACGUAGCUAGUUAGGUAGCUGGAGUUACGUAGCCAAGAUGGGCGGUCAUGGGUAAAGAAGUGUCGAGCGUUCUGUAUCCUCACAUUGGUUCCUAACGAAGAUUAAUAUCUUUAAAAACACAAAAAAUAUAUAUAUACUUAAAUAAAUAAAAGAUAUGGGCGAAAAUGUCCACAAACAGCUGCUCACUCUAGUCUUUAAACAAGGAAACAAGAGGAGUGAGUGGGUUUGAUUGGGACUACUUUCUGCGGCAGAUUCAUCCACAUUUUCUCACUCAAACAGGAGGGGAAAGCGCAUUUGUGGAAAUCCGUUUUCAACCUAAAUGCCAGAAUGAAUAUCCCAAAAAGUCAAAUUUAUAUUAAAUGAUUUGAAAGGCUUGAAACGAAUACAGUUGUUAUGGUGGAAGGAAAAUGAUGUCCGUCUUAAACAACUCCUACAUGUUCUACAUUUACAUGUUACUGGUGAGGUUUUAAGUCUCUAAUAAGACGAGUAUAACAUUUUUUUUUAAAGGAGGGAAAUUGUUCUUUUUGUUGGGACUACUUUCAUCGGCGGAUUAAUCCACGUUUGUUGCUGUAUUUGUGACGGUGUGUGUGGGGGUCUAAAUUAAACUAAAGUGUGUGUUUAUGGUAACUAAAGAACAAACCUGUUUCGGAUAACUUUUCCUCUAAAUAUACAAUAUUUGUUUGUUUUUUUACUAUAAAUGUUUUUAAUAAUCCUACAUAUUUGCGUCCUUUUCUCUCCAAACGUUUUACGCUCAGCUGCCGUUCUUCUUGGUGUGUUUAUUGAAAGAUUGUGUGACUCAUGUUGAUGUGAAUUCACCAUCGACGUCCUCAAUAAAGCGGAGAAACCAA